UAUGUAGGGAUUUGUCAGAUCCGAUUCAGACAACAGAGUACUCGUUUGCAUCGCCUUCCUCUCAGUCAGUCGUCACUCGUCAGCACACCUGAAGUGAACGACGGAGGUUGACCUAAACACGACCGGUUGAUAGGCACCCUUUCAACUCGCCGCCGGUGAAAAUUAAACCGCCAAGACAAAGUUAUCUCAGAAUCUCCCAUUACCCUUUCAAGAAAGAUCUUCACUUUCCUUCCCCAAUCAGUGAUUGUUUCACUGCAAUCAAUCUUCAAGCCCAUCUAUUUACUCUCUUCCAGGAUGUUAAUGAUGGGAAAAUUAGGAACCAUGAUCCACACCGGUAGAUUCCUUCUCCGCCGCUUCUCUGAACCUCCACCUGCGGUUGCUAUGGCUCGCGUCUCCUUCCACCGAUACUACUCAUCCAAGUUCAUCUCUCUCGUGUCUCCACCAUUUUCCUCUUUAUUAAGACCUCAAGCAUUAAGUAGCUCAGCUUUCUCAUCUUCAGCAACAACAACUACAAGAGUCGAAGUUGACUCUACAGAGCAUGAAGUCGUCAUCGCCUUGGGAAGCAACAUCGGGAACAGGAUGAACAACUUCAGAGAAGCUUUGCGUUUAAUGAAGCGCGGCGGCAUUUGCGUAACCAGACACAGCUGUUUAUACGAAACAGCUCCGGUUCACGUGACCGACCAACCGAGGUUUCUCAACGCUGCGGUGAGAGGCGUCACCAAGCUUCCACCUCACGAGCUUUUGACCGUUCUCAAGACGAUCGAGAGAGACAUGGGGCGUACGGACGGUGUACGUUACGGACCAAGACCGCUUGACUUGGACAUACUCUUCUACGGGAAGAUGAGAAUAGCUUCCGAUAAGCUAAUCAUACCACAUGAGAGGCUCUGGGAAAGGUCGUUUGUAUUAGCACCUUUGGUUGAUUUGCUCGGGACAUCUGUUGAUAACGAUACGGUCGCGCACUGGCACUCGCUCGCAUUACAUCCCGGUGGAAUUCACCAAGCGUGGGAGAGGCUAGGUGGAGAGACACUGGUUGGACAAGACGGUAUACAAAGGGUGUUACCAAUAGGAGAUGAGCUUUGGGAUUUUACCAGCAGAACCCAUGUGAUGGGUAUACUUAAUCUAACACCUGACAGCUUUAGUGAUGGUGGACAGUUUCAGUCGUUAGAUUCUGCGGUUUCUCGGGUUCGAUCAAUGGUCUCUGAAGGGGCUGAUAUAAUUGAUAUCGGUGCACAGUCUACACGACCAAUGGCCACUAGAAUAUCUAGUCAAGAAGAGUUGGAUAGACUUUUACCAGUCUUGGAAGCUGUUCGUGGUCUGCCAGAGAUGGAAGGGAAGCUCAUAUCCGUUGAUACUUUCAACUCCGAGGUUGCUUCAGAAGCUAUAAGCAACGGAGCUGACAUUCUGAACGAUGUAUCUGCAGGAAGCUUAGACUCGAAUAUGCAUAAGGUUGUUGCAGAAUCUGGGGUGCCUUAUAUGGCCAUGCACAUGAGAGGAGAUCCAUGUACAAUGCAGAACGAAGAGAAUCUGCAGUACGGUGAUGAUGUAUGCAAGGAUGUUGCUUCUGAGCUAUAUAUGCGUGUAAGAGAUGCAGAGAUCUCUGGGAUUCCAUCUUGGAGGGUUAUGAUCGACCCAGGGAUUGGGUUCUCAAAGAGAGUAGAACACAACUUAGAUAUUAUAACUGAUCUACCGAAAAUCCGGGAAGAGAUGGCUAAGAGAAGCAUAGCAGUGUCUCAUGCUCCUAUACUUAUAGGACCUUCAAGGAAGAGAUUCUUGGGAGAUAUUUGUGGGCGUCCUGAGGCUGCUGACAGAGAUGCUGCAACUGUUGCUUCUGUUACUGCUGGCAUUUUAAGAGGUGCUAAUAUCAUUAGAGUUCAUAAUGUUAAAGAUAACGCAGAUGCUGCAAAAGUAUGUGACGCAAUGCUGAGAAGAAGAAGAAGGUCGAAAGGAUGAUUAGAGGAUAUGAUUAUAUCUUGUGUCAAUUUGCACUUUUGAGAACAACUAUGAGUCAAGUCGCUAUGGAGCUGAAACAGAGUGUUGUCGGGAAGGUGAAUAAUCGAGAUAGCCAUAGGGAUGAUCCUGUAAGAACGGUUGCGAUAAAUCUAGAUACUGAAAUGGUCCCUAGAGCGAGGUAAAGCUGGAUAUUGUGGAUUUGAUUGGUUAAGAAGAAACUCUCCAGUUUACACAUUGAUUCUCUUUUAUUUUUUUUCAAGUACGUUUGUGGUUUUACAGUAUGAAAUGAAGGUGUGAGUAAUGCAUGCUCUAUAUAUUUAUUGUUCA